AUGCAUCGGCGACACACCACCCUUCGGGAGAAAGGGAGGAGGCAGGCCACCCGAGGCCCAGCCUAUAUGUUCAGCGAGAAAGGCACCAACUUGACACCUGAGGAAGAACGUUUCUUGGACUCAGCAGAAUAUGGCAACAUCCCAGUGGUACGGAAAAUGCUAGAGGAAUCCAAAACAUUGAACUUCAAUUGUGUUGAUUACAUGGGACAAAAUGCCCUACAACUGGCAGUUGGCAACGAACAUCUGGAAGUAACCGAACUUCUUCUAAAGAAAGACAAUCUAGCAAGGGUUGGAGAUGCCCUUUUGUUAGCCAUAAGUAAAGGAUAUGUACGGAUUGUGGAAGCGAUAUUGAACCAUCCAGCCUUUGCACAAGGGCAGCGUCUUACUCUAAGCCCACUCGAGCAAGAAUUACGAGAUGAUGAUUUUUAUGCUUAUGACGAAGAUGGGACACGCUUUUCCCAUGACGUUACACCUAUUAUACUUGCUGCUCAUUGCCAGGAAUAUGAAAUUGUCCAUAUAUUGCUACUGAAAGGGGCACGGAUAGAAAGACCCCACGACUACUUCUGUAAAUGCAAUGAAUGCACUGAGAAGCAAAGAAAAGACUCAUUCAGUCAUUCUCGAUCAAGAAUGAAUGCCUACAAGGGAUUAGCAAGUGCGGCUUAUUUGUCUCUAUCUAGCGAAGACCCUGUUCUUACCGCUUUAGAACUAAGCAAUGAACUGGCAAGACUAGCCAACAUCGAGACGGAAUUCAAGAAUGAUUAUAGGAAGUUAUCUAUGCAAUGCAAGGACUUUGUGGUGGGCAUACUGGAUCUCUGCAGAGACACAGAAGAAGUGGAGGCUAUUCUGAAUGGAGAUGUGAAUGUACAGACAUGGCCUGAACAUCCCCGUCCAAGUUUGAGCAGAAUCAAGCUGGCCAUUAAAUAUGAAGUCAAAAAGUUUGUUGCCCACCCCAACUGUCAGCAGCAACUGCUCACCAUGUGGUAUGAGAACCUCUCAGGCUUACGUCAGCAGUCAGUUGCUGUGAAAUUCUUGGCUGUCUUCGGAGUUUCCAUAGGCCUUCCAUUCCUCGCCAUAGCAUACUGGAUAGCUCCCUGCAGCAAGCUGGGACGUACCCUUCGGAGCCCAUUUAUGAAGUUUGUGGCACAUGCUGUUUCUUUUACCAUUUUUCUCGGACUGUUAGUAGUGAAUGCUUCAGACAGAUUUGAAGGUGUCAAGCUGCUUCCCAAUGAAACUGCCAUGGAUCACCCCAAACAAAUAUUUAGAGUGAAAACAACACAGUUCUCGUGGACAGAAAUGCUAAUCAUGAAAUGGGUUUUAGGAAUGAUAUGGUCUGAAUGCAAAGAAAUCUGGGAAGAAGGCCCCCGUGAAUAUGUUCUGCAUCUUUGGAACUUGCUGGAUUUUGGGAUGCUGUCUAUCUUUGUAGCUUCCUUUACUGCCAGAUUCAUGGCUUUUCUCAAAGCCUCAGAAGCACAACAAUAUGUGGAUCUCUUUGUCCAAGACAAUGACCUCAACAAUGUCACCCUUCCUCCUCAGGUUGCCUACUUUACAUAUGCCAGGAGCAAAUGGCUUCCCUCAGAUCCUCAGAUCAUAUCAGAAGGACUAUAUGCAAUAGCGGUGGUACUCAGUUUCUCACGGAUUGCUUACAUUCUCCCAGCCAAUGAAAGCUUUGGCCCUCUCCAAAUUUCUUUGGGAAGAACUGUGAAAGACAUCUUCAAGUUCAUGGUCAUCUUUAUCAUGGUGUUUCUCGCGUUCAUGAUUGGGAUGUUCAACCUUUAUUCAUACUACCUGGGUGCAAAAUAUAACCCAGCAUUUACAACGGUAGAAGAAAGUUUUAAAACUUUAUUCUGGUCCAUAUUUGGCUUGUCUGAGGUAAUAUCAGUGGUGCUGAAAUAUGAUCACAAAUUUAUUGAGAAUAUUGGAUAUGUGCUGUAUGGAGUUUAUAAUGUCACCAUGGUGGUUGUCCUCCUCAACAUGUUAAUAGCCAUGAUCAACAAUUCUUAUCAGGAAAUUGAGGAAGAUGCAGACGUGGAGUGGAAAUUUGCUCGCGCUAAACUCUGGCUUUCCUAUUUUGAUGAGGGAAGGACUCUACCUGCUCCUUUUAAUCUAGUGCCAAGCCCUAAGUCCUUUUAUUAUCUCAUAAUGAGAAUAAAAAUGUGCCUCAUAAAACUCUGCAAAUCUAAGGCCAAAAACUGUGAAAAUGAUCUUGAGAUGGGAAUGUUGAAUUCCAAGCUACGAAAAGUUCGUUUCGAGUCAAGUACUCCAAAAUCAGACUUUACUCUGAAGAAUGCCUACAACAAACCCACCAGAUACCAGGUGGCAACACUACUUCCCAAUGGAUUCUACCACCUUGGCCAUCUCCAGCAUAUAAAAAUAAUGAAGAGACUAAUCAAGCGAUAUGUUCUGAAAGCUCAAGUGGAUCGAGAGAACGAUGAAGUCAACGAAGGAGAACUUAAGGAAAUUAAGCAAGACAUUUCAAGUCUCCGCUAUGAGCUUCUUGAAGAGAAAUCCCAAGCAACAGGAGAAUUGGCAAGAUUAAUUCAGCAACUAAGUGAUAAAUUUGGAAAGAAUUUAAAUAAGGACUUUUGA